UCAAUUUUUGUGUAAAUUAAACAUGCACUGGUGAAUUGUUCACAAUAUAAUAUGCAUUUAGAAAAUAGAUGAAUAGUAUUCAGAAAAAUCGAUUUAAAUCUUUUAUUGAGUGUUUUCUGUUCCUCUGUAGGCUCUUAGUCGGAGCGCCCCAAGAAAAAGCCCAGCCCCAACUCAGCACAUUCAACAUUAAUGAAACCGGAGCUGUGUAUUACUGUCCCAUCACCAUCGACCAGCAUGACUGCGGGAGGAUGGACCUCAUCAGUCCACCGCAGUCAACAGAGAUGGUGGAGGGCAUGUGGCUGGGAGUGACCGUGGCCAGUCAGAGGAAUGGAGGACAUGUUCUGGCAUGUGGUCAUCGCUAUGUAAAGAAACUGCUGGGUGCUGAGGAGCAGCAGCGUAUGGUGGGCAAAUGUUACGUGCGGGGCAACGACCUGACCUACGACCCGUCUGAUUACUGGCAGUCGGACACUUACGAGCUCUGCGACUUCAACUAUGACCAGAACCUGGAGGGCAUGUGUAACAUGGGCAUCUCAGGGGGCAUGACGGAGAAUGACGUGUACUUUGGGACGCCCGGCAGCUUUGUGUGGCAGGGAACUGUCCAUAUGAAAGAGAGAGACCCCAACUCAGAUUUUCCUGGAGAUACCAAUGAAAUAACCUUUGGAAAGCUAGGCGAGGACAGACUCAACAUCUAUAUUGGUUACUCUGUGGUGGAGGACAAAAAGUUACUGGAUCGCUCUAAGUACACUGUGGUGACGGGGGCGCCCAGAGACAGUUUCAAAGGUUCAGUGAUCCUUGCGGAAAAACAAGAUUUGAUUUUUAACCCAGUGAUGACGAUCCCAGGGGAACAAAUAGGUUCGUACUUCGGCAGCUGCUUGGCGGUGACGGACCUCAACAAUGACGACUGGAACGACCUGAUUGUUGGAGCUCCGUUCUACUUCGACCGCUACAAGGAGGAGGGAGGAGCAGUUUACAUCUUCAUGAACGAGAACGGAUCCUUCCAGGAAAAAGCUAGCUUGGUUCUGAAGGGUAAAAAAGGCUCAGGGUUUGGAUUUGCGGUUGCUGCGGUGGGGGACGUCAAUCAGGAUGGAUUUCAAGAUUUUGCUGUUGGUGCUCCGUUCCAUGACUCUGGGAAGGUCUAUAUAUGGAUGGGAAGUAAAAAUGGAAUAAAUAAAGAACCCAGCCAGGUGAUCGAGGGGAAAUCAGUAGGUCCCAGUGGCUUUCAGACGUUCGGCUACUCUCUCAGUGGAGGAAUGGAUAUGGAUGGAAAUGAUUAUCCGGACAUUUUGGUGGGCUCCAUGGAUGACCGCAUCGCUCUCCUGAGGGCUCGUCCGGUCAUCCACCUCGCCAAAAACUUCACAGUAGAGCCAAAGAUUGUGAUUCCAAGCAAGUGUAAUGAUUCCAUGUGCAUAAAGGUGACGGUGUGUUUCAGUUACACUCUCAGCAGUGGAAACAAAGCCUUCAGGAAGGCCAUCACUGUGAAGUACACAGUAGAUGCUGACCAGAAUCGCCGUGGCGCUCGAGUCCGUUUUCUUAACAAGCAAAGCACAUUUACAAGCCUGCUGUCUUUCUCCACUCCCGCAUGUCAAGAGCUGAAUCUUACUGUUAAUAAUCCUGUGAAGGACAAACUGCAGCCCAUAGUGUUCACUCUGAACGUGUCUCUAAACGAGCAGAAGGCAGCAGCACAGCAAACACUCCAGAGUCUGGAUGAUUUCCCUGUGCUGAGCGGCCAGCAGAUCCUGACCGACAAAACCGAGAUUAACUUUCAUAAGGAGUGUGGUGAUGACAACAGGUGCAGCAGUAACCUGCAGCUCGAGGCCACAUUUGCUGAUGAGAAUCACAUUCCCUUCCCCGGUCAGACUAUGGAGUUCAACAGUAACAUUAAGAAGCUGGUGAUGAUGGUGGAGGUUACAAACACGCCGGAUGGAGGCAGGCAGGCCGAGGACGCCCAUCAGGCCAUGCUGAACAUCACCAUUCCCCCCUCACUACAAUACUCAGGAGUGCGCCUUCAGUCUGGUUUUGAUACGCUUGUGUGCAGCGCAAACGAGACUGUGAUUUGCGAUCUGGGAAACCCAUUUAAAAGCAAUCAGAAGGGCUCAUUCAUAAUCAUCUUUGAGACUUCUGGUAUAACACUGUACACCGAGCAGAUUGAAUCUCAGCUUCAGCUCUCAACUAUCAGUGAACAGAAGGAUCUAUAUCCUGUUCCUGUCACCCUCAACGUGAAGAACACGGUCCUCACUACCUUUUCCUUAGAAAAACAAGUGAUUGACACGUCGUUCAGUGGCAGUGUGAUUGGUGAAUCUGCUAUGAACAGCACCAGUGAUGUGGGGAGUCCGCUGGAGUUUGUGUUUCUUGUGCGUGUGCUGGGAGAACCUCUGGGAGAUUUGGGAACUCUGAUGAUUGACUUUGAAUGGCCAUUUGAGGUAACCAAUGGGAAAUGGCUGCUGUAUCUCACAGAGAUAGUGAUCACAGGAGAGUCAGAGUCGCGUUGUGUCCCACCGGGGAAGGUUGUCAACCCUCUCAACCUCACACUGUCAGAUCGAGCUACCAAACGGUCCAAAAGAGAUUUGGAGUCAGGAUAUCCCCAUGCAGAAGCUUCUGUCACCGUCCUGGCACCUCGUAAAGUGUCCCAUUUGCUGGAGUGUUCAAAGCUGACGGCUCACUGCAUGACCUUCUCUUGCCCGCUGCAUAACACUUCGAAACAGGCGGAGAUCAGAGUCAGGUCACGUGUGUGGAACAGCACCUUGCUGGAGGAUUACGCCAAUGCCCUGCGAGUGGAAGUGAAGGGCCAGGCCACACUGAGACUGCUGACAGAUAAACCGGCCAUCAGAAUGGACAACCAGAUCAGAGAGUUUUCAGUAAACAUUGAUCCGGUGCUGGGAGAGGAGACGCCGUAUGAAGUUCCUCUCUGGAUCAUCAUUGUUGCAGCCGUUGCAGGGAUACUGUUAUUAGGCAUCAUCAGUCUCAUUCUGUGGAAGUGUGGUUUCUUCAAAAGGACCGUUUACUACAGGAUAAUGCCAAAGUACCAUGGAGUGAAAGUACGCAAAGAGGAACGCUAUAACUUGGCCUUUCAGCCUGAGCAAGAACUGAGCAAGAAACUCUGGGUCACCAACUGGACAGAAAUGCAUGAAUAUUACUACUGACCUCUUCACCUCUCUCCGUCCAGAGCCAGGGGAGCGUGAUGAUUGGAGGAUGUCUUUUAUUAACGCCGUCUCAACUCAACAGACACUGGACACUGGCGUUUGGAGCCGCCAAUCACGCAGUCUGAACGUUUCGAAAUGUUUGUUGGUCUGUGUGCAAUAUCAUGAUUUGUAGACCAUUAAACCGCUUUCAACGUAGCCAGAGUAUUGUCUGGGACGUCCUUGACUUAGUAAUGAGCAGCUGAUUUAUUUUCCUAGUUUUAAAUCUAUAAAUCUUGCUUUGUGUGUUUCAUUGCAUUUUAAAUUUCAUUCCAUUGUAAUGUUUUUAUAAUGUCACUUGAGAUUGAGAUAAGGAGAUCUUUUCCAUCAUGCUAUAACUGAUUUGAAAUCAAACAGCACUGAGGAAAUAGAUUUUCAAGUUCCAGUUGCUUUGUCUUUGGAUGCUUAUUUUGGAACACUGCAUAAGAACUGCUCCAUUUUUUUCCAGCUACUUCCUCCCGUGGAGAAAGACUACAGUGUUUAAGUGUGUAAAAUGUUUGCCCAAACCGUCAUGUUCCUGUCAGCAUUAGUUGGGUGAAUCUCUCUCGCUGUCGCUCUCUUUCUAUAUAUAUAUAAACACUUUGAAUAAAAGCUUAAUUUAGGACUUUUUUUUUUACGUUGUGAAGCAAUUAAAUUCUCAUUACUGCAACGCGAAAAAGAACAUUUGCAUUGUAUGAGCAAAAAUCAAAGCUGAUGCGGUCAAUACAAAGUCCUGACCCAAACUUCACUUAUUGUUUGAUGACUCAGUGUUGAUUUGUUUUUGUUUUUUUUAUGAUUUUGUGGUGUAAUAUGACGCAAGUCACUCUGUUCUUAUCUAUUUCAGAUUUUUG